AUAAUAUUGACAUGCGGGUAAUGUCAGCCACUUUGCAUAGAUUUACCGGUAUUCAACCUGCAUUCUUGCCACAAGUAUGGACAGCAUGCUCCGUAAAAGGGCAGCAUCUUGCCUUUGAGACUCAACGAGCAAUACAGCAACUCACUGGGAAUAAGAAGCCUCAACACCCUCAGACAAUACAGGCAACAUGCUCAUCUACUCCGGCAAGUUCAGCUACUCCCCAUACGCCACCAACGAACUGUUCUCGGUCGUCUUCCGCGACAAUGUCCAGACCGGGGACCGUGUGGCCGUCAUCCUUCAAUGGUCCAAGGACGCAGGCGGGCAAGUGAAGUCCAAUUCGAACCACCACGGCACGGUCAGCAAGGUGUCUACCAAUGGUUCCGGGGAGAAGGAGAUCGAGAUUUUCCAGAACGAGAAGGACAGCACCUACUAUUGGUGGGGUCCCCUUGUAUCAAACCUCGAAUCGCUGCUGAUGAGUUAUCGAUUUCACUUUAGGUAUAAGGGAAAAGUGGCCGGGGAGACCAUGACCUUGAGUAUGUGGAAUAAAGGGGGAGAGGAGGUUACGAAGGAUAUCAAGCUGCAGCUUGUUUUCUUCUGAUGGAAGCACUUGGCUCAAAUGGUGGGGC